AUGGACGCUAGGAGAUACGUAUCCGAUUCACUUCUACACCUCACAGGCGCAUCGGACCUUACCGUGAUUGACUUCAUCCUUGCCACUGCCACCUCCGCAAAAACAUCUACCUCUUUAAGAGAGAAACUUGAGGCGUUUUUAGAUGCUGAUGCUGUGGGCAUAGAAUCGUUUUCGUCGGAGUUGUGGGCUCGAUUUGGGACGAAAUCGGAAAUUAAUACCGCCCAACGAUCAAAGACAGCCGAGAAUGGUACAAAGAAAAGGUAUCGGCUAGUGGAAAUGGGAGAUGACUUGGCAGAUGAACCACAAUUGGCGCCAGCAGACGUGGAGAAGUCAAGGUCGAGACGCAAGGAAAGACGCGGCCGUGACGAUGAUUCACACAGCAACAAGGAAGAAAAUAGGAAAAGAGAUCAUGAUGGAGAAUCAUCUGAACGUCGCCAUUUGAAAAAAUUACGCCGAAUUGAUGAUAGAGACUUCGAUGACCGUUGGGGUGAUGAAGAGAUACCGGAUGAAGAACCGCCCGACGUGGACGUGGCUGAGCAGCAGGGCUCGCCGGCGCGACAAAAUGAAGUGAUGACGACACAUCCCACUUCCGAUGGUGACGAAGAAACGAAGCGAGAGAAGUCGAGGAAACGGGACCUCAGAGAGCGCGACGAAUUUGCAAAACGCCUUGCGAAAAAAGAUGAAGAAAAAUCUAAAAAAUUUGUCGAGGACCGUUCCUCUACAAAGAAUAGUGACGUGGCGCGACGACGUGCUUUAGCCGAAGAUGCAACUGCAAGAGACGCCGCAAUGCCCGAUCUGCGACUACGUUCACGACAGGAAUAUCUUAAAAAGCGAGAAACGGAAAGACUGGCGUUACUACGCAAACAGGUCGCCGAGGAGACGGCUGAACUGAAGGAGAAUCCGCAUUUAACCAGGCGUGAAAAGGAGGAAUUCGCGAAGAAUCGAGAAGUUCUUCGACUCGCGGAAGAGAGGCUACGUAUAGAUGACCAUCGUGACGGCUAUAUGUUACCAGAGGACUAUAUCACUGAAAAGGGCAAAAUAGAUCGGAAGCGAAAGGAAGAGGCACUCUACAAACGGUAUGUCGACAGAGAUGAACGUGGACAAGAGCGAUUCAUCACCGAACAUGAAGAAUGGGAAAACGAGCAGACAGCAAAAGCCAAAGCUCAAAUUAGUAGGGCAGAAUUUGUUGAUGAAGGGGACUAUGAGUAUGUGUUUGACGAUGCUCAAAAAAUCAAUUUUAUAAUGGAUUCGAAACUUGAGGGAGACCGCAAGCCGUUAACAAAAGAACAACAGCUUCUAGCACAUCAAAUAGACGAGGCUGAAAAGAAGGCGGCGUCGAUCGAUGAGACUCGCAAAAGCCUUCCCAUCUAUCAAUUCCGGAGUGAAUUGUUACAGGCUGUAGCCGAUCAUCAGAUCAUUAUCAUAGUCGGAGAAACGGGAAGUGGAAAAACAACACAAAUUCCACAAUAUCUUCAUGAAGCGGGAUAUACGAAAGGUGGUCUGAAAGUUGGCUGCACACAACCCCGUCGAGUCGCAGCCAUGAGUGUUGCCGCGCGUGUCGCCGAAGAAAUGGGCGUGAAAGUUGGGAACGAGGUUGGUUACGCUAUUCGUUUCGAAGAUGCUACCAGUGAUAAGACGCUGCUGAAAUAUAUGACUGAUGGCAUGCUUCUACGAGAACUUUUGACAGAGCCUGACCUGGGUCAAUACUCUGCAUUAAUGAUUGAUGAAGCCCACGAGAGAACUGUUCCAACUGACAUUGCAUGUGGCCUACUCAAAGAUAUUGCAAAAGCAAGGCCAGAUCUCAAAUUAUUGAUUUCUUCUGCAACUAUUGAUGCGCAAAAAUUCCAAAAAUAUUUCGACGAUGCUCCAAUUUUCAACAUUCCUGGACGGCGAUAUCCUGUUGAUAUUCACUACACAUCCCAACCAGAGGCUAAUUAUCUUGCAGCGGCUAUUACCACAGUCUUUCAAAUCCAUAUCACUCAGGGGAAAGGCGACAUUUUAGUGUUCUUAACUGGCCAAGAGGAAAUAGAGGCCGCAGAGCAGAACCUUCAGGAAACUGCAAGAAAACUGGGUGGGAAAAUCCCUGAAAUGGUCAUAUGCCCAAUCUAUGCAAAUUUACCUUCAGAACUCCAAACCAAGAUAUUCGAGCCUACUCCCCCUGGUGCAAGGAAGGUUGUCUUAGCAACGAACAUUGCCGAAACUAGUUUGACUAUUGAUGGAAUUGUAUAUGUCAUCGAUCCUGGCUUCGUUAAGGAGAAUGUAUUUAAUCCCCGCACAGGCAUGGAGAGUUUGGUUGUCACUCCAUGCUCUCGUGCUUCUGCUGGCCAGAGAGCUGGUCGAGCUGGUCGUGUUGGACCUGGCAAGUGUUUUCGGCUGUACACAAAAUGGGCGUACCAUAACGAACUGGAAGCAAACACCACUCCAGAAAUCCAGCGCACCAAUCUUAGCAGUGUUGUAUUGACAUUAAAAUCCCUUGGGAUCGAUGAUCUAUUAGAUUUUGAUUUCAUGGACCCUCCCCCCGCCGAAACACUGAUACGGGCUCUUGAGCAACUCUAUGCACUUGGAGCACUCAAUGAUCAUGGAGAGCUUACCAAGGUUGGACGGCAAAUGGCAGAAUUCCCCACAGAUCCAAUGCUAGCUAAAUCAAUUCUUGCCGCCGACAAAUAUGGAUGUGUUGAAGAGGUUCUUUCAAUCAUUGCCAUGGUUGGCGAAGCAAGUGCCCUAUUUUAUAGGCCCAAGGACAAGAAGAUACACGCCGAUAGCGCCCGUGCUCGUUUCACCAUUAAGGAUGGAGGAGAUCAUCUCUCGCUCCUGAACAUAUGGAACCAAUGGGUUGAUUCUGAUUUUAGUUAUGUCUGGGCAAGAGAGAACUUCCUCCAGCAACGAAGUCUAACUCGGGCCCGUGAUGUACGAGAUCAACUUGCUAAAUUAUGCGAUCGUGUUGAAGUCACAGUCAGCACUACUGGUGCUAACAAUUUGAUGCCAAUUCAAAAAGCGAUCACCGCAGGCUUUUUUCCCAACGCAGCGCGGCUUCAGAGGGGUGGCGACAGCUACCGGACGGUUAAGAACGGCCAAACUGUCUACCUGCACCCGUCAAGUACUUUGUUUGACGUUAAUCCCAAGUGGGUGAUCUAUCAUGAAUUAGUGUUAACAAGCAAAGAAUACAUGCGGAGCAAUAUGCCUUUACAGGCAGAGUGGUUGGUUGAAGUGGCACCGCACUAUCACAAACAAAAAGACCUCGAAACUUUAGGACUAGACAAAAAGGUUUCCAAGGGCAAAGGCGCUGCCGGCGAGAAGAGCAAAAUGUGA